UUCUCUUCAUUGGUAAUUGUGUAGUUGGGUUACUUCAGUUGAGCUGGAAGGCUACUUUUGGUUGCCACUGGCCAUAUCAGUAAUAUUAAGGUGUUAAUAUGGUUGAGAGAGUGGCAGAGUCUUUUGUUUGGGAGGAAGAAUAUGAUGGGCAGCUAAGUCCUUGUAUAACUAGUGUGAAAAGGAAAGUUAGAUCAAAGAAAUGGCAGUUUUUGGAUUGGGGAUCAAAACCAUUGAUUGAAUUUCUUCAAUCAAUUGGUAAAGAUACUUGUGAAAAAAUCUCUCAGUUUGACGUUACUGACAUCGUAAGUAAAUAUGUUAAGGAGAAUAACCUCUUUGACCCACGAAGGAAGAAAAGGAUUCUUUGUGAUGAGAAGCUUCGUUGUCUUUUUGGAAGAAAAUCAAUCAGCCGGAAUAAAAUUUAUGAUAUGCUGGAGGCACAUUAUGCUGAAAACCAUGACGAAUCAGAUGAUGGGAUUUUAGAUAGUUCAGAGGACGAGAAUGAGAAACAAAAAACAAGAAAAACUCCUAAGAAGAAAAAACAUGUGGAAACUCCCAAAAGCUGUUUCGCUGCUAUAAUUCCAGAUAAUAUAAAGCUUGUAUACCUGAAGAGGAGUUUGGUUCAAGAUCUUUUGAAGGAUCUGGAAACUUGUAAACACAAAAUAGUUGGAAGUUUCAUAAGGAUCAAAUCAGACCCAAAUGACUACCUUCAGAAAAACUCUCAUUGGCUUCUGCAAGUUACAGGUCUGCGAGAGGUGUCUAGAACUGAUAAUACAAGUACAGAAAUUCUUCUCCAGGCAUCAAAUUAUAUAAAAGAUAUUCAUAUUUCCACACUUUCCAAUGAGAACUUCUCUGAGGAAGAAUGUGAAGACCUGCGCCAGAGAGUGAAAGAUGGUUUGCUCAAGAGGCCAACUGUUGUGGAGCUUGAAAAAAAAGCUAGAAUUUUGCAUGAGGAUAUAACAAAGCAUUGGCUUGCGGGAGAAUUUGCUUUGCUGCAAAAACUCAUUGAUCGAGCCAAUGAAAAGGGAUGGCGCAGAGAACUAUUUGAGUACCUGGAGAGAAGACAGCUGCUUCAGACUCCUGCUGAACAGUCACGGCUUUUGCAUGAAGUUCCAGAAGUUAUUGCAGAUGAAAUAGAACAGGUAGUUAGCGCACAGGAUUACCCAGAUAGUAUGAAACAAGGAAAUGAUGAUUCUCUAGUACCCCUUGUCAGGGGAGCUUCAGAUGUUCCUAUUGGUGAGAUUGCAGCAAAUGGCACUUUUACAUCUUUGACAUCUCUUGGUACAGAGCCUGCAGAGAUACAAGUUGCUGUGCCGGAGUCAAAUCAGCGGACAAAAAAAGAAAACCAGCUUGACGUUUCACUUCAAAAACAGCAAAAUCUAUCAAUAGAGACGGUGAAAAUAGAUGAAAAUAAGAUUGGUGAGAGGAUGAUGGUGAAGCAGGUUAUUGACUUGAGUGACAAUGAUUGUGAUGAAGAUGAUGAUCGGAGUGUUGUUGGAAAUGAGAUUUCUGAUACAGGAUUAGAACGACUGGAAUGGCAUUAUGUUGAUCCCUGUGGUGAAAUACAAGGUCCAUUCUCAAUUACUUCACUAAAACGUUGGAGCGAUGCUGAUUAUUUUCCUCCAGGUUUUAUGGUUUGGAAGGCCGGUGAGAGCCAAGAGAAUACUGUAUUAUUAAGUGACAUUCUUCAAUGGGUGUUUCCCUAAUUCUUGUGUAAAACUCGGAUUUUUGUUUCUCUAAUACUACUUUCUUUUUUUAACCGUAA